AUGUCGCGGAGGAAACAGCUGAACCCGCAGCAGCUCGUCCACACUGAUGAUUUAUCCCUGAACACUCACACCGAAGAUGUGUCUCUCAGUUCAGACUCCCCUCCUGCAGCGGAUGUCUGUGUUCAUGUCUGCAGCCAAUGCUGUGCUGAGUUCAGUGCACUAUCAGACCUGGAACGACAUCAAACAGAUUGUCCUCCAAAUUCUUCAGUUCUGAUCGUGAAUGAGGACCUGCAGUCCACCUUGUUGCCAGGCAGCCCGCCAGAGGCUGAAUCACUUAAUAAUGUCCCUUCGCCGGACAGAAGUGGAGAGUUCAUGGAUUGUUUCAGCAGCAGAAGAAGUGCAGAAAGCCCAGAGAGUUCGAGCAGUGACCAGAGCAUCAGUGGCUCUGAAUGUUACACUGACACUGUUCUUUGUACUUUGGAUUUCCCAGAAUCCUUCCCUCAACCAGGCUGCUCAGUUGACCCAGGAGAAAACUUGUGGAUGAAGAGUGACCUCAUUAUAGAAAACCUGGAGCGCACUAAAGUGGCUGUGGCUCAGUUUUCAGAUGACAGCAGUAAGACGGACGUCUCAUCUCUACUGCAGCAGCUUCUCGCCCUGCAGAUUCAACAAAUCCACCAGCUUCAGCUCAUCGAUCAAAUCCGCCACCAGGUUCUGUUGUUCGCUUCUCACCAAGCUGAGAUCCCGAAAACCCUUGUAAUCUGCACCAAAGACCUGUUCUCUUCAAAAUCCACCAAUCAGCUCAAGGCUCUCAGUGCUUAUCUGUCUCAGCAGCUAACUACAGCUGCUGGAUUAGCCAAAUGCUUAUCAACUCAGGCUGCUCACAUCGUUGACUUCACGCAGUUUACAGCCACUGAGCAGCAUCCGGAGGGUAAAGAUGAGCCAUCAGAGUCCUCUCAGACUUUCAGUAACCCCAUCACAACAGCAGUCCAGGAACGUGUUUCUAAAGCACAUCACAUGGACUGUAGUUCGUUUGACUCACAAGUUUCUCCCAGUUUCUCGUCCCAAACAAAAAUGUCCUCUUUGAUGUUUAGCAAUAAUUGCUUCAUCAGUAAAAACUCACCUCAACUUUCAUCUCACAGCAAAGAUUCAAAUUCUAUCCCAAACAUUAGUGCAAUUGUGGAGGAUCUGGACGCCCUGACAGCCUUGGCCCAGCAGAGGAAAUACAAGAAACUUUCUGCACCCACAAUGUCUUCAAAAGAGUCCCUUCUCAAAUGCAGAUUUUGCACCAAAGUGUUUGGGAAUGACAGGGCCUUGCAAAUUCAUGGGCGAUCGCACACUGGAGAGCGGCCAUACAAAUGCAACAUCUGUGGAAACAGGUUCUCCACCCGGGGGAACUUAAAGGUUCAUUUUCAGAGGCACAAAGAGAGGCACCCACACAUCCAAAUGAACCCUUAUCUUGUUCCAGGGCAUCUGGAUAGUAAAGGUUUUUCUUUUGGUAUGUCCUUGUCACCAGAAAAAGCAGCUGCAAGAUGGCUUGAUAAGUUGCCGUCCCCAACUACAGUGACCUCUAGUUUCCUGGAACAGUCGGACUUAACCAACCUGUCUUCUCUCAGUAAGAAAGAGGAGAACCUUAUGUCAGUACCCUUUCCCCUGACUCAAGGCGAGCUUAACUUUGAUUCAGCAGCAAGCAGGUCGAAAGCAAACCCUUCAAAGACCUCUGACUCACUAGAGACUUGGCAGCAAAGAACAAUGAAUCUGAAAAGUGAAGAUGUGAAACCAAAUUUUAACUUCUCAAAAAUGAUAACCACAAAGUCGAAGGAAUCUGUUGAUAACAUACCCAAUCUAUUCAUCAAUCCCAAUUCUACCUCAUAUUCGGGAUUCCUUUCACUUGGACGCUCUGAAAACUCCAAACCCCAGCUGCCAUCAGACACCACCAACAAGAGAAUGGCAGACCCAAAUGAGUGUGUCAUCUGCCACCGCACUUUUAGCUGUCAGAGUGCCCUGAGGAUGCACUAUCGAACGCAUACAGGGGAGCGUCCCUACCAGUGUAAACUCUGCGACCGAGCUUUCACAACCAAAGGAAACCUGAAGACACACCAGGCUGUCCACCGUGCCACAGUUCCGCUGAGGGUCCAGCACUCGUGCCCCAUCUGCCAGAGGAAGUUCAUGAAUGCUGUUGUCCUGCAGCAACAUGUGCACAUGCACAUGGAAGGUGUCUUACCCAAUGCAGAGCUCACAAAUCAGAAACACUCUGUGGACUGUAAUGGAUUCAGGGACGAAACAAAACUGAAUAACAGGAAGAUCAUUUCGGGUGAUGGGGGCUUUUGUGACAAGCGAUUGUCUGGAUUCAGAUCCUUUUCUCUCCGUUUGUCCCCAUCUUCGUUCGAUGCUAACAAGAAGACAAGCUACCGUAGGCCACAUGGGGAGCUGCAGCUCAAGUGGAUAAAAACGGAGAAUCCAGAAGGAUCAAACAAAACAACCAACCUACGUGGUGCUGAUCAGCGGAGUACAUUCCCCAUAUCUGAUAAUUCAGCUUUCAGACAGUCUCUGUCCCCUAAUGGAAAAGCUUCAAUGUACUUUAAAACUGUGAGACUCGACAAACCAUUCCAGACGUGGCUCGACUCAACCACUCUUACGCUCCAUGCAUCUGCUGCAGCGCCCGCUGACCUAAACUUCUUUAGCCAUACUGAGGAUUCUCCAAGCUGUAUUCACAAUCUCAGAGAAAAGGGGGUCCUGAAGAACACUUACUGCGAUAUAUGUGGGAAGAUUUUUGCCUGUCAAAGUGCCUUAGAUAUCCACUACAGAAGUCAUACCAAGGAGAGACCAUUCAUAUGCACAACAUGCAACAGGGGCUUCUCCACGAAGGGGAACCUCAAACAGCACAUGCUCACACAUCAAAUGAGGGACUUCCCAUCACAUCUCUUCGAACCUUCCAAUCCCAACCAAACCCCGAACCAUACUUGCUCCAUGUUAUCCAUCGGCUCACCAGCUGUAAAGACAGAGAUGGCUGCUUUCCUGAACUCCUCUUUUAGGAAUGGCAACGAUCUUUCUUGUCCUUCGCAGAACUGUUCUGUUUCUGAGUCUCCUCUGUGUGCUGUAGCACCUCCUCGCCGGACGCCCAAACAGCACCACUGCAAGACUUGUGGGAAGAGCUUCUCCUCCUCCAGUGCUCUGCAGAUUCACGAGAGGACUCACACUGGGGAGAGGCCAUUUGCCUGUGCUGUCUGUGGACGAGCUUUUACUACCAAAGGAAAUCUAAAGGUUCACAUGGGAACUCACAUGUGGAACAGCGCCCCCAGCAGGAGAGGACGCAGACUGUCAGUGGACAGGUCAUCGGUAGGAUUUGGGACUCGUCCUGUUAAACUUCCUGAGCCGCCACAGAAGAAUCCUGCCAUGGUUUCCAAUGGCAGAGACCCCGUUUCCCACUGGAACCAAAGUCCAGAACUUUUCUCUGCAGGUUUAAAGAUGAACAAGAUUUUUCAGUGUGGAGGAACGUCUUUUCCCUCAGGACACCUGGAGGACACACCUGAAGACAAACGCAGAUGUUUGUCUGAAUAAACUUCAUUAUACAGUGAGCCUCCUGCUGUUGUUGCGAGGAAUAACAGUUAACGAAAGACAGUGAAAUGAUUCCCGGAGAUAAAUACUGUGCAGCUGAGCUUCUGAACAUGUAUAAAAUGUUAAUAUAUUGUAUGCAAAGUGCACAAUUCUUUGUUAUUUACUGGUUUUAUACAGUUUUGCUGUGUGAAUUUGCAGCUGAAAUAAAUGUAACGUAAGUAUAUAGUUAUUAUGUGCAAUUGAUUUUAAACAUGGUCACAGAGUUUUCUUUGCUUUAUAUUUAUGGUUCAUAAAGAUGCUGCUGUUUUUCUGGUUCUGUUAUUUCUCAGAUUUAAUCAAUUAUAAGUAUUGAUUCAUUAACAACAGGUCUUUGUUUCUUAUUCAUAGU